UUUUUGCAAUUAUACUAACAUUCAGCGGCCUAUAAAACCUCUGUCCCAUUCGUACAAAUAUUUGGUAUGCAUCCAAACAGUACGCUAACACUUCUUCCAUUCUUGAUACAGGAACAGCUACAGCUACCAUGAACAAUCCUUCUCUUCUUUUUCUCUUCUUCCUCUUCUAUCCCACUGUUAUUCUCCAUGCAUACUCGGAUCUUGAAACCCUUUUGAAGCUUAAAUCAUCCCUUGUCGGACCUUCGGCUUCGGGCCUCCAUGACUGGGCCGCUCCUCCAUCUCCGUCUUCUUCAGCCCACUGCUCGUUUUCCGGCGUCACGUGUGAUGCUGAUGCCCGAGUGACGUCUCUGAACGUCGCCAAUGUUCCGCUUUUUGGUACCCUUCCGCCUGAAAUCGGCCUGCUGGACAAGCUCGUCAACCUCACACUUGCCGGCAAUAAGAUCUCUGGCCCUCUGCCUGUGGAAAUGUCCAACUUAACUUCGUUGAAGUAUGUUAAUCUGAGCUCGAACGUGUUCAACGGCACGUUGCCUGGAGAAAUUGUGCUGAAACUUACGGAGCUCGAGGUUUUCGACGUGUACAACAACAAUUUCUCGGGGAAUCUGCCAGCGGAGUUUGUGAAGUUGAAGAACUUGAAGUUUCUUAAGCUCGCUGGGAAUUUUUUUUCCGGGGAAAUCCCGGAGGUUUACUCAGAGUUCCAUAGUUUGACUCAUUUGGCUUUACAGGGAAACAGUUUGACGGGAAAGAUUCCUGCCGGAUUGGCUAGGAUUCCGAACCUUCAGGAGCUGUAUCUUGGUUAUUACAACACGUACGAGGGGGGUAUCCCGCCGGAGUUUGGAUCUAUAUCUACUCUUCAGUUGCUUGAUCUCGGAAUGUGUAAUCUUACCGGUGAAAUCCCGGCGAGUCUUGGGAAUCUCAAACAUUUGCACUCUUUGUUCCUUCAGGUAAAUAACCUGACGGGGCGACUUCCUUCGGAGCUAUCGGGUUUGAUGAGCUUGAUGUCAUUGGACAUAUCCAUAAACAACCUCAUUGGAGAAAUACCGGAGAGCUUUUCUAAACUGAAGAAUUUGACGUUGAUUAACUUGUUCCAGAACAAAUUCCAGGGCCCUUUUCCAGCGUUCAUCGGCGACCUUCCGAACCUUGAAGUAUUACAGAUUUGGAACAACAAUUUCACAAUGGGGUUGCCGGAGAAUCUUGGCCGGAACGGAAGGUUGAUGCUGCUGGAUGUCACUAAAAAUCACCUGACGGGGACUGUACCGAGGGACCUGUGUAAAGGUGGGAGAUUGAAAACGUUGAUUUUGAUGGAUAAUUAUUUUUAUGGCCCUUUACCCGAAGAGUUGGGGGAGUGCAAGUCCUUGACAAGGAUACGGAUCAAGAAGAAUUUCUUGAAUGGCACAAUUCCGGCAGGAUUUUUCAGGUUUCCCUUGCUGGAAAUGCUGGAAGCGAAUGAUAAUUUCUUUACUGGUGAGCUGCCGGAGGAGAUUUCCGCAAACAAUUUAGGAAGUCUUGCAUUGUCUAACAAUUGGAUCGCGGGGAAGAUACCACCGGCGAUUGGGAGUUUGAUGAACCUUGAAAUUUUGUCACUUGAUAUGAACAAUUUUUCUGGGGAGAUACCAGCGGAAGUUUUCAAUCUCAAGAAGCUUUCGAAGCUAAACUUCAGCGCCAACAGCUUGACAGGUCAAAUUCCAGUGUUCAUUGCUAAUACAUCCCACUUGACAUUUAUUGAUCUGAGCCGGAAUAAUUUGUAUGGUGUAAUUCCAAGAAGUCUUUGUGAGCUACAGAAUUUGAAUGUGGUCAACCUGUCCAGGAAUCACUUGGAUGGUGCAAUUCCAGGGGAAAUUGGGCUAAUGAAAAGCUUGACGGUGUUGGACCUUUCUUACAACAACUUCUCUGGCAGAAGACCGGCGACUGGCCUGUUACAAUAUCUGGACGACCGGUUUUUUGCCGGCAAUCCUAAUCUUUGUCCACCCCAUAGCACCUUUUGCCCGUCGGCUCUGAGCCCACAGGGUUCUCACAAGAGGCAUGCAUCAAAGGUUGCAGUCUUAAUUACAGUAUUGGUUACAGUUUUAAUACUGCUGCCUGGGGCUUGGAUUAUAUUCAGGCGGCACCGGCUUGAGAAAUCAAGAACCUGGAAGUUCACUGCAUUCCAGAGACUGGACUUUAGAACUGAGGAUGUCCUGGAAUGCUUGAACGAAGAGAACAUAAUUGGCAAAGGUGGAGCUGGAAUUGUCUAUAGAGGCUCCAUGCCUAAUGGGAAUGAUAUCGCAAUCAAACGUCUAACUGGACGCGGCAAUAGCUGCCAUGAUCAUGGAUUCAUGGCAGAAAUCCAGACUCUCGGCAAGAUCCGGCACCGCAACAUUGUUCGUCUCCUGGGAUACUUGUCUAACAAGGAUACCAACUUACUGUUGUAUGAAUAUAUGUCACAUGGAAGCUUAGGGGAGAUGCUACAUGGAUCCAAGGGGGCUCAUUUGCAGUGGGAAUCAAGGUACCGGAUUGCAGUUGAGGCAGCAAAGGGCUUGUGUUAUUUGCACCACGACUGUUCACCUUCUAUUAUUCACAGGGACGUGAAAUCAAACAACAUUUUGCUUGAUUCAGACAAUGAGGCUCAUGUGGCUGAUUUUGGUCUUGCCAAGUUCUUCCAUGAUGCCGGUGCGUCUGAGUGCAUGUCCUCCAUCGCUGGAUCCUAUGGCUACAUUGCCCCAGAAUACGCCUACACUCUCAAAGUCGACCAGAAGAGCGAUGUAUACAGCUUCGGUGUGGUGCUGCUGGAACUGGUCACGGGCAGAAAACCAGUUGGAGAAUUUGGAGAGGGCGUCGACAUCGUGAGAUGGGUCCGGAAAACAACGUUGGAGCUGGCUCACCCAUCGGAUGCUGCCUCAGCUCUUGCAGUGGUUGACUCCAGGCUCAAAGGCUACCAACUAACCGGGUUGGUGAACAUGUUCAAGAUCGCCAUGCUGUGCGUGGAAGACGAGAGCUCAGCCCGUCCAACCAUGCGGGAAGUAGUUCACAUGCUCACUAAUCCUCCAACGCCGACCCCUAAGCUAAUCAGUCUUUAAUUUUGACACCAUUGUCGGAGGAACGAGUUCUGUGAUGCACUGGGAGUUUUGAGGAAAUAAAAAUGGCAGGUUUUCUAGGUGUAAGUAACUUGUAAGAGUAAUAAGUGUGCUUAGAUUUGCUUUGGCCGACGUACCAGGAAAUUGUUAUAGGGGUUUGAUAAGUUGGGAGGAUGAGAACGUAAGCAAUUCGUGCAGUGUUUUGUCUGUAUAAUUUGCUGGAAGUUACCCCCAAGUAGUUCCUUUCAUUUCUGUCUAAGAAUGUCGUAUAAAAACUUCUACAAGCUUGUAACUUGUAAGUACUUUCUGUUAUCAUCUUAAUCAACCUUGCAAGUACAUUGUGGUGCAUUCCAAGUACUUGGUCAUUGUAAUA